CUCCGCCCGCCCCGCGCCGGAAGUGAGGGAGCGAGCGUGCGCGCGCGCGUGGCAGUGAGAGGCCGUUGGCGGCGGCCGUUGCAGGGAUGUCGGCCACGUGCGCCGUGUCCCGUAAAGCGCAACCGCCGCCGCCGCGUCCCCCGGGCGAGAGGGACCCGCCGGCCAAGGCAAUGCGCAGGGGGCUGCGCUGGGGCCACCAGGAGGAGCAGGAGCAGCUGCCGUGGGCGGGAGAGAGCGCGGGCGGCGAGCCCCAGGCGGAGCGGGCGGCCUCGCCGAGCGACGAGCGGCGGCGGCGGCGGCAGCCGCAAGAGCCGAGGGCGCUGGCGGCGGCGGCGGCCACGGCAGCCGGGGCGGAGGAGGAGGAGCGGCUGGAGAGGGAGCAUUUCCGGAGGAUCAUCAACGCCUUCCGAUACUACGGAACGAAUAUGCAUGAACGAGUGAACAGAACAGAGAGGCAGUUUAAAUCUCUCCCAGCUAAUCAACAGAGUCUUCUUCCUCAAUUCCGUCCUCACCUUGACGACAUUCGGAAAUGCAUCGAUCAUAAUCAAGAGAUACUGCAGACCAUCGUGAAUGACUGCGUUCAUAUGUUUGAAAACAAAGAAUAUGGAGAAGACGGAAGAGGGAACAUUACACCAGCUUCCACAUUUGACAUGGAUAAAUUAAAAUCCACUUUGAAGCAGUUUGUGAGAGACUGGAGUGAAGAGGGAAAGCCUGAGAGAGAUUCCUGCUACCAGCCAAUCAUUAAUGAAAUUAUAAAGAACUUUCCAAAAGAAAGAUGGGAUUUCUCCAAAGUUAAUAUCCUGGUACCUGGUGCUGGGCUAGGUAGAUUGGCGUGGGAAAUAGCUAAGCUCGGUUAUGCUUGCCAAGGAAAUGAAUGGAGCCUCUUUAUGCUCUUUUCUUCUAACUUUGUACUCAACAGAUGCUCUGAAAUUAACUCAUGUAAGCUUUACCCCUGGAUUCAUCAGUUCAGCAAUAACAGAAGAUCUGCUGAUCAGAUACGUCCAAUUUAUUUCCCUGAUGUUGAUCCUCACAGUCUUCCUUCUGGUUCAAACUUCUCUAUGACAGCAGGGGAUUUUCAAGAAAUUUAUUCCGAGUGCAAUACAUGGGAUUGCGUAGCAACUUGCUUUUUCAUAGAUACAGCACAUAACGUUAUUGAUUACAUUGAUACUAUAUGGAAAAUAUUAAAGCCCGGCGGAAUAUGGAUAAAUGUAGGUCCUCUCCUUUACCACUUCGAAAACUUGGGAAAUGAACUUUCUAUAGAAUUAAGCUAUGAGGAUAUAAAAAGUGUUAUACUGCAAUAUGGAUUCCACAUAGAGGUGGAAAAAGAAUCUGUACUGUCAACUUACACUGUGAAUGAACUCUCCAUGAUGAAGUACUACUAUGAAUGCGUGUUGUUUGUGGUGAGAAAACCAGAAUAGAAGUGGUCUGAAUAGGCCAAUCGGAAAGAAAUGUUGGCUUGAAAGCUAGAAAUCAGAAUAAAAUGGACUGGGUGAUGUUGGACACAACCUCAAAUCAGUGGUGCCUUCUUAUUCCUAAUAGGAUUUAGAUAGUGUCUAUUUUCUUAAUAUCUCUUGCUAUCCAGACGUGUUCUAUGCCAUGCAUAUUUGUAAAAUACUUGUGAAAAUGGAGGAGGGGAUGUUCACAUACACUGUCUUUGUGCUUUGGAAUGCAUUGAAAAUAAAAGCAAAAACAUUUUCUUGAGAGUAACAUUUAAUGUUUUCCAUAACCACGCUAAUAUGAGGCAUAUGCUGCCUCAUUUUUCAUAGAUUUGUAACGAUUUUCUUUUUUCUGCUUUCUGAUGUUAGGAAUGCAUAAAGAUGCUUACUGUACUAGCCUGUACUGUACUGUACUGUCACAUUUAGAGAAGUAUUUCCAAACGUGUACUUAAAUUAUGAAGUCUGAAGUGUCUGGAAAGUGAUAAAAUUAUUCUUGAUAGAUACAAUAGCCAUCAGAACUGAUACAGCAUUUUCUGUGGAACUGAAAUGAAAUACAUUAUUAUGCAAAUACUAAUCUUUGUACCACUGUUACGAAUUUAAUCAAAACACAGAGCCUGUAGACAAUUACAAAUACUAUGUGAAAGCAGAGUACUGAGUGAAGGAAAAGCAGCAUGUCACAGAGAAGCCAUGUGUGAACCUCAUUUUGGGAAUGACACCAAUUUUGAUUAAUCUCUUAGUGUUGAAACUGAAAUAAAUAUAUUAGAUGCUUUACCGUCUUAAAAUAUAUUGAUUUCAAGUCAUUUACUGCUUAAGCCAAAACAGUGAAGCGGUAUUUUUUGUUAAAAUUAGUUAACAGAAAGUCAUACCUUGAGCUCUUUUCUUUUUUUAAAGUUGAUAACAUAGCUGAGUUACCCAUGCGAUGUGUAGGUAGUGCAACAGAAAAAUGCCUGUUUCUCAAAGGGUGAAAAAAAAAAGUUACAUGUAAAUAACACAUGCUGUAACGUAAUCAUCUCUACCUGAGUCAGCAUAUGCAGACUAAUUGGUAGACAAUUUACUUGGAACUUCAGGCAUUUUAGCCUUGUGACUUAGUGACUUCUUGGUUCCUUAUCCUAAUGGGUUUUUUUUUUACUAGCAGAUGUGGCUUACAUGAAUAUUUAACCUACAAAUCAUGACACUAUACAAGAGGCUGGGUCUUCUAUCACUUAGAAGUGACAGAUGUACAUGAGAAAUCAUUAAGUAGUAAUCGCGGUGCUGAGAGGAGGUGUCAUGUUAGCCAUUUUGUUUUCUAAAUAUAUUGGUUAUCUUAAGUACCAUUUUUAUCCAUUUUCAAAAAUUUCUUUAAAGUACAAAAAUAUCAUAAGGAAUUAAUUGAUUUUUCAUAUUUGGUCAUAAUGGUCCUGGAAAACAGCUUGUUUGUUUGUCACUAUUUCUAGACUCUUUUUUUCAUGGAGAUAUCCUAAUUGCAUCUCUUUAAUCGAUCUGUUACUGGCUUUUGGAUUUUUCCCAUUAAGGCCAGAAAUUUGUGCCUUUGUUCCUAAAUUGAAAGUCUGCAAGGAGGGAAAACAGAAACUGGGUUUUUUUUAAUAGUUUUAGCACUGCGUAAGAGAGGGUGUGUUUCAGUACUGUGCCCAUUUCUGCUGAGAAUCCGUAUUGAGAAUAAAGGUUUUUGGUCUACAGAAGUUUUCAAUUAGAGCUUAGCUUAAACUAGUCUUAUUUGAACUGUCUCUUCUUUCUAAAAGUGCACCACCAAAAUUUAGCUCCAUAAAUGAACUGUCAAAGUUCCACCCUGUUCCAAGAAAAAUGUGUUUAAAGCUGAAACAUGGUGACUGCAGCAAGCCCUUGCACACCUAAAAAUAAUUUUUUAAAGUUGAUUUAAUUUCCUUAUUGUACUAUUUAGGUUUUUUUUUUAGGGACUUUAUGAUUCUUUGCCUUCACUCUGAUUUUUUUUUUCCUUAAGAUAGAAUAUGACUAGUGCUUUUCAAGCUCCUUGGGAUAAAACAAGGUGAGGUGAAAGUCAGUUAUGCCAUUACCGAGUAGUAUAUAUAUCUGUAAUAUUGCCUGAUUUCUUCCUCCUGCCCAGUCUGUAGUUACACUUGGAAUGUGGUGUUCUUGUUUUCUGCAAAUAGGAAAUGGAACUCUUGCUUUCUGGCUGGAUGUCAGUAUCCUUUGUUCCAGUGGUUUUGUUCUUUGCCACCCCAUGUUGUCACAAGUGCCAUUUUUUUCGGUGUGUUUUUGGAAAAUGUUCUUACUGACUUACGUCAGGUAUAUAGCAAUGUGCUUGUGUUUCUAAUCUAGGAAACAAAUCCCAGUUUUCCCCAAUGUUUUCCCUUUAAAUUUUAACAGAGGCAUUAACGAGUUGGAAGCAGAACAAUCUUGUGCAUAAGCUGUAUGAGUCAGUAGUGUUUUACCUGCAGUUCUGUUUGUGAGUCCUUAAAAUUAAUCGCUGGUAUUUUUAUGCACAGGAAUAAUUGUGUAUUAUUGACUGUGAUCACAUUCUUCUUCUCGGUUGCGUACGGAGGGAGAAGCCCUUCAGGUGUUUGUCAGCUGAAGCCAAGGCCGUGUGAUUUAGGUCGCUGUUACACUGUACGUGGUAUCGGGUGUAAAAUAAAAUGCUGCAUAACCGUCAGCGUGG